UGCUAGCAUCUCUCCCUCCUCCUCCCUAUCCCUCCCUCCUUUCCACCCUCCCCCACCCACUCCUUUCAUCAGAAAGGGAUGAGGUAAUCCCUGCGAGGGCUCAUGAAGCACAGCCAGAGUGUGAGCGAGAGAGGGAAGCAGUACGAGAAAGAGCCUGUGCAUAGCUGAGAGAGAGAGAGAGAGAGAGAGAGAGAGAGAGAGAGAGAGAGAGAGAGAGAGAGAGAGAGAGAGAGAGAGAGAGAGAGAGAGAGAGAGAGAAAGAGAGAGAGAGAAAAAGAGAGAGAGAGAUGACAGUAGCAGCAGAGUGCGAGGGGCUGGAGUCCUGACCAACAGUAGCAACUGUAGUGUUAGCUAGCGUUAGUAGCAUAGCAGCCACACGGUUUUGAGUGAGAUGAGCCGCUGUCGGGGCUGCUAGCGAGGAGCGCUGCCUGCCUGCUGUGGGACAGAGGAGAGGAGAGCUGGUGCUGUGGUCCUCAGGGUGGGGUACAGCCGUGAGCUGAGCCGUAAGGAGAGGAAUCAUGACUGAACGCUGUAGCCUAUGGAGCGCCCUGUCGGCAGCCGCCUGCUGUUUCUACAGAGGCUCCUUCAUGCAGGUGCAGUUCUCCAAGGAGAAGUACCUGCUGGAGUCUCCACCAGAGAAACUGCGGAAGGAGCUGGAGGAGGAGCUGAAACUCUGCAGCAGCGAUAUCAGGAGCCAUGGCUGGUACCAUGGACACAUCCCUCGAGAGCUGUCGGAGACUGUAGUCCUGCAGAACGGGGAUUUCCUGAUCCGUGAUUCGCUGAUUAACAUGGGCGACUACGUCCUAACGACCCGUUGGAACCACCAGGUUCUGCAUCUCAGGAUCACCAAGGUCCUGGUCAAGUCCAGCACUGAGUCGAAGGUCCAGUACCUGUUAGAGAUGGACAGCUUCGACUCCAUACCUGAACUGGUGAGGUUCUACGUGGCCGGCCGGCGGCCUGUCUCUCAGCCCAGUGGAGCCCAGAUCUACUGUCCAAUCAUACGCACCCUACCCCUGCGCUACCUGGAGGCCACAUUUGCCUUAGCCAAUAGCAGGCACAGCCUGGCCCACUCACCGUCCAGUCAGAGAGGAGCGUACAUCAAGAGGCGGAGCGUAACCAUGAACGACGGAUUGACCACAGAGAAGCUGAUACCUCACAGUGAUGUGGAGUCCAUCAGUCCAGUGGAACCACCAGUUCUCCCAGUACCAGUCCCAGUACCUACCCCCGUACCAGUGGUACCAAAGCCAGAAGUGAAAGCUGCUGUCGUGGGGUGCAGGUGCCCUUCUACUAUUCACAACCACAAGGAUGCGAUGAGGAACUGUGCCGUGAGUAUGGAUCAGAUCCAGGAGUAUCGCUGUCCCCUGUCUCCUGUAGGAGAAACACCUCUCUCCCCAGCAUACAGCCACAUCCACAGACACAGAACCCAGUCAGGGGGUAGAGUUCUGGCAGUGGUUCCCCCCUCACCAGUCCUGAGACGCUCCAGCGAGCCCCAGCUCAGCCCUGGCUCCAACAACAACCUACCCGACAUGCUAGCUGCCAGCUCCCACUCCACUCCGGCCCACUGCUCCUGCCCAGCCCCAGCAGGGGGCUCUGGAACAGAGGGAAGCUACUGCGACCUCAGGCCCUCCCCGGCCCCAUGUCCCGGGGCUCCAUGUGCCGCUGGUAUGCCCCCCACGCCUCCAGCUAAGAGCUACGUGGAGCGGCUGCGUGUGGAGGAGGGCCGAGGGCCUGCCCCAGGGAGGGAGAACGGAGCAGGGGCUGGGGGAGAGGCGUUCAGCGCCCCCCUGGUGGAGACUGCCUCCUCCUUCAGACCAGGGAAGUACCUGUCGCCCCUGAUCCCCCAGGAGAACAAGCCCUUGGAGAUGAGCGUGCUGAAGAGAGUCAAGGAGUUGUUGGCUGAGGUGGACGCUAGGACGGCUGCUAAACACAUCACAAUGGCCGACUGCACGGUGGCAAGGAUACUGGGCGUUACCAAGGAGAUGCAGAGGAUGAUGGGAGUAGGUUCAGGACUUGAGCUUUUGACUCUACCUCACGGACAUCAGCUGAGACUGGACCUACUGGAGAGGUUCUACACCAUGUCUAUAAUGAUGGCUGUGGACCUGCUGGGGUGUACAGGCAGUACAGAGGAGAGGGCUGCUCUGCUCCAUAAGACCAUCCAGCUGGCUGCUGAACUCAAGAGCAACCUUGGGAACAUGUUCGGCUUUGCUGCUGUGAUGAGAGCACUGGAGCUGCCACAGAUUUCUCGCUUGGAGCAGACGUGGAUGACGUUGCGUCAGAGACACACAGAGGGAGCCAUCCUCUAUGAGAAGAAGCUCAAGCCCUUUAUGAAGAACAUGAACGAUGGUAAAGAGAGCAGUGUGCUGUCCAACACGUCCUUCCCUCACGUGGUUCCUCUGCUGUCUCUGUUGGAGAAGGGUGUGGCUGUGGGGGAGGGGCCAGGGGCGGGGAUAGAACCCUGGGAGAACGUGGAGGCGGGUGUUGAUGUGGUGAUGUCACACCUGGAGGCGGCCCGGACCAUCGCUCACCACGGGGUGCUGUACCGCACCAAUGCUGAAACCAAACUACAAGGCUUCCAGGAGAGUCAGGAAGUUCUGGAGAUCUUCCGGACAGAGUUCCAGAUGAGGUUGCUAUGGGGAAGCAGGGGUUCGGAGGGCAGCCAAUCGGAACGCUAUGAGAAGUUCAACAAAGUCCUGACCGCUCUGUCUCACAAGCUGGAGCCUCCUGUACGCCACAGCGAACUAUAGCACCCAUCUCACUGAACACCCCUAUACAAAGCACUGCGCUCACAGUGGUACGACCCGCCUCCCCAUACUGCAAGGCACCUUGAUGUGGAUGUCCAAAGUGAAUAAGAGGGGAGGAGGCCGACUAAAGCGAGACAAAAUAGUGUACUUAGAAGAAGACAGGAGGCGAGAAGGAGCAUCUCACUGUAUACCCCCCCAAAAAAGGCACAAAGGGCUUUGUUCAGAGCUCUUCAAUAGGCUAUAAUAUUUCCCUCCCUAAAUGCUGAAAGACAGAGUGGGUCGAGGAGGAGUGGGGAAUUGGGUAUUCUUCUACCCAUCAGCAAGCUACAAAGAACAACAGGUAUGGUGUGCGCUGAGGGUCAAACAGUGCAUGAGAAGUUGGAUCUAGCUGUUCUCUGGUAGAUCACAUGAAGCUCUGAUCUGUCUUCAACACCUUCAUUAUUACCCUUACUAUUACGUCUGCACUUACUGGCUCAUUGUCGCACUGUUCUGUCAGAGAGUAAUAGUAAACACAGUGUGUGUGUACUUCAGGACACCAGUACCCCAGAGAUACAUCGGCAUCUAUGACCUCUGACCUGUCUCAUCGGACCUCAGCUUCUGACUGAGAGGUUGUGUGUUCUAGAAUCUGUUUUUCUUGUAUAGACUCUCUGUGUGGCUGCCAUUCCUUCAUCACGUAGCCCAUCAGGUCCCCUGUUGUUGACACACGCAGUGUGCUCAUACAGACACACUUAUCCGCCCCCACAACACACAAUAAUGUAUGUUGCCAAGUCAUUUCAGCUGUUUGAGGCAUACUAAGCAAUUCUCUCUGUGGGUUUUGUUUGUGUGCUGUUCAGAAGCAGUUCUCUUAUUGAGGCUCUUCUGAGAAGCCUCCCCUCUCAUCUCUGGCAUGUCAUUCAUAUGACUCUGAUUUUGUUUGAGUACUGUUUGGUAGCCUUUAUUUUAAUAGGAGCUACUUUGGGAAGCAUUCCUCUCCCUCUCCUUAUCUCUGGCAUGUCAUUCAUGUUUCAUAAUGACUCCUGUCCCAUUGACAUCAUAUGAGCAUGUUUGCCUUGUCCUCACUUGUCACAAACACACCAUUAGAAAUAUCCUUAAAGCACUCUGACCUGUCUGAGUGAAUUAAUGUGCUUUUUUUUACAUGUAAAAACACUGACUACUAUUUUCUUCAACUUUAUUUAGAUAACAUUUUUCUGUGUGGUUUUAUUGCUGACCGGCAGAUUUUGUUGACAUGUUUGAAGACUUUGUUGACAUGGUAACAUAACAUGUUUGAGCCUCUGCUGUUGCCGUAUAGGAUUCAGGUUUUAACCAGUGUGAAUGAAUGUGCUUUAGUCUGAAAGUGACCAGAAUGUUCUCAGGGCAGAAUGGAGGCCCCCUCAGAUCUAGCCUGGUCCCAGACCUGUUUUUGCUGUCUUCUUGCCAACUUCUCUGGUCAUUGUCAGCCAAAGAAUCUAUACGAGAUCGCAAAACAACAUAAAUAGAUGUGGGAUCAGGCUACCUCAAACCCCCUCAGUGACUGUAUGAUGUGUUUUGCUUUGUAUGUAUGAUAACGUGUGUUUGAUGUGAUAUGGACAGAGUGUUGAAAAGGACAUUUAGAUUUUAAAACCAUCAAAAGCGUUUUUGAUUUCACAUAUUCACUGUAGGAUCGUGCGAUUUUUCACUCACUCAAAUUCAUAAAAUGUUCUCUUUUUAAAUUGUAUUGUUGCCGAAAUGCUUUAGUAAAAUGCAACAUCAAGAUGAGGGCUUAAAGGAAUCUGUCAACGUCCUUGGAACUAAAUACAGUGUGACCUUUGACCUUUUGUUCAAAUAAUACCUGGCAACCUUUCCUCUGCCGACUCCUAAGCAGUGUUGCGUUGAAACACAAAAGCACUAUGAAUGAAGAUGACGAUUUAUAUUCUAUCUGUUUGUUGAAGUGUCAGUGUCUGCUGAUUGCUUUCCAAUCCACGGUGUAUUUAGGCCUGAGAUAGAGAGCUGACUCUCAGAUCUAUGCAAUCACUUUUAAAUCAAUUAAGAGUCCCAUAGAAAACAAGCAGAGUAGACACUGCUGCCCCUGAGGAUGUUAGUCGUGCCCUACUGGGAACAAUCCACUUGAAUGCCCCUCUAACUGGUACGUACUACUGGGAAACUCGUCUAUCAUCCCUGAGCUACAACUUCUCCCACAUGCUGACCUCUUGACGUCACCUACUAAGAAAAUGACCUUGAUAACAGCAUUUGAGAGUUCAAUGCAACAACAAAACAAUUUAUAAAAAGCGAUCAAUUAAUAUGGGUUUUGAAUACUAUAAUUGGUUUACAAGCAUGAUAGCUGUACUUUUAGUUUAUGGUUGAGCAGCUUGUUGGCAAUUAGCCAAUCAGCAUUCCUCAAUGAGUUCAAAGCACGUGAAUGCAUCCAACUGGUAUUUACCACUUUACAACUGGUAAUAACCACCGUCCUACUUGGUUAUGAAUGCAGCAUAAGUGCCAGCCAGCCAGAAAGUGCAUCGCAGGUCGUAUUCAUAAGGCACCAAACAAAGGAAAACGUACUGAAACGGGGAGGGAUUAUCAAUUUUGUUUUCUGUUGCAAAAUGUUUUGCUACAGUGUGCCCUAAUGAACACGACCCCAAUCAGCCAGUGAGAAUAAAGGGGAGAGCCAAAGUCCAAUUGCCUCUCUUGUCCAGUAGAGGGCACUAUAGUUCAGUCAGCAAAAAAAUAAAAAUAGAAGACACCUUGAUUUGAAUCUUUUUUUGAGUGUUUUUGUGAUUUAUUAAUAAAGCCUACUGGUUUAGGAACGAUUUGAUGAUGUACUGUAUGUAAUUAUGUUUGUCUCACCUUAUGUUGUACAGAUUACAUGUGUGCUUUUUUUCCUGUUGUAAAUAAUCAUUCUGAAAUGAUGAACCUAUAAAGAAAAAUGACAAAACUCCCAUGUUUGUGACCCCAUGUUUUUUUAAUGUACUGUACAUAAUGGUUCACUUGUUUUUCAAAUAAAAUAAAGCUCGAGUCAA